AUGUUGCAACAGAACCACAGAGCCCAAGGACACCUUGAAGAGAAUUUCCAUGUCAAGAUGUUGCAACAGAACCACAGAGCCCACGGACACCUUGAAGGGAAUUUCCAUGUCACGAUGUUUUUGCAACAUCUUGACAUGAAAAUUCCCUUCAAGGUGUCCGUGGGCUCUGUGGUUCUGUUGCAACAUCUUGACAUGGAAAUUGCUGUCAGGGUGUCCGUGGGCUUUGUGGUUCUGUUGCAGCAUCUUCACAUGGAAAUUCCCUUUAAGGUGUUCGUGGGCUCUGUGGUUCUGUUGCUGCAACAUCUUGACAUGGAAACUCCCUUCAAGGUGUCCUUGGUCUCUGUCGUUCUGUUGCAGCAUCUUGACAUGGAAAAUUCCCUUCAAGGUGCCCGUGGGCUCUAUGCUUCUGUUCUUGACAUGGAAAUUCCCUUCAAGGUGCCCGCGGGUUCUGUCGUUCUGUUGCAACAUUUUGGCAUGGAAAUUCCCUUCAAGGUGUCCGUGGGCUCUGUGGUUCUGUUGCGACUUCUUGACAUGGAAGUGCCCGUGAAGGUGUCCGUGGGCUCUGUGGUUCUGUUGCAACAUCUUGAAAUCCCCUUCAAGGUGUCCUUGGGCUGUCUGGUUCUGUUGCAACAUCUUGACAUGGAAAUUCCCGUCAAGGUGUCUUUGGGCUCUGCCGUUCUGUGGCAACAUCUUGACAUGGAUUUUCUAUUGAAGGUCUCCGUGGGCUUUGUGCUUCUGUUGCAACAGCUUGACAUGGAAAUUCCCUUCAACGUGUCCGUGGGCUCUGUGGUUCUGUUGCAGCAUCUUGACAUGGAAAUUCCCUUCAAGGUGUCCGUGGGCUCUGUGGUUCGGUUGCAACAUCUUGACAGGGAAAUUCCCUUCAAGGUGUCCUUGGGCACUGUCGUUCUGUUGCAACAUCUUGACAUGCAAUUUCCCUUCAAGAUGUCCGUAGGCUCUGCCGUUCUGUUGCAACAUCUUGAGAUGGAUAUUCCCUUCAAGGUGUCCUUGGGCAUUGUCGUUCUGUUGCAACAUCUUGACAUGCAAUCUGCCUUCAAGAUGUCCGAAGGCUCUGCCGUUCUGUUGCAACAGCUUGACAUGGAAAUUUCCUUCAAGGCGUCCGUGGGCUCUGUGGUUCUGUUGCAACAUCUUGGCAUGCAAUUUGCCUUCAAGGUGUCCGUGGGCUCUGUAAUUCUGUUCCAACAUCUUGACAUGCAAAUUCCCUUCAAGCUGUCCGUGGGCUCUGUCGCUCUGUUGCAACAUCUUGACAUGGAAAUUCCCUUCAAGGCGUCCGUGGGCUCUGUGGUUCUGUUGCAACAUCUUGACAUGGAAGUUCCCUUGAUGGUGUCCUUGGGCUCUGUGGUUGGUUUGCAACAUCUUGACAUGGAAAGUCUCGUCAGGGUGUCCGUGGGCUCUGUGGUUCUGUUGCAACAUCUUGACAUGGAAAUUCUCUUCAAGGUGUCCUUGGGCUCUGUGUCGUUGAACUCUGCCGUUCUGUUGCAACAUCUUGACAUGGAAAUUCCCUUCAAUGUGUCCGUGGGCUCUGUCGUUCUGUUGCACCAUCUUGACAUGGAAAUUCCCUUCAAGGUGUCGUUGGGCUCUGUCGUUCUGUUGCAACAUCUUGACAUGGAAGCUCCCUUCAAGGUGUCCGUGGGCUCUGUCGCUCUGUUGCAAGAUCUUGACAUGGAAACUCCCUUCAAGGUGUCCGCGGGCUCUGUCGUUCUGUUGCAACAUCUUGACAUGGAAUUUCCCUUCAAGGUUUCCGUGGGCUUUGUCGCUCUGUUGCAACAGCUUGACAAGGAAAUUUUGCAACAGCUUGACAUGGAAUUUCCCUUGAAGCUGUCCGUGGGCUCUGUGCUUCUGUUGCAACAUCUUGACAUGGAAAUUCCCUUCGUCCGUGGGCUCUGUGGUUCGUUUGCAACAUCUUGA